AAUCUUCUUACAGAGUUACCUAUCUAUACUUUCGAUCAGAAACACGUAUUGCACAUGCACAUUAUACAUAUGCAUGUAUAUUUGUACGUUCGAACAGUGAACAACAAAUAACAAUGUCGACGAUGGAAGGUUCACUUAGCAAAUGGACAAAUGUCGUUAACGGAUGGCAAUAUCGAUGGUUCGUUUUAGAUGAUAAUGCCGGGCUUUUGUCAUAUUACACGAGUAAGGAAAAAAUGAUGAGAGGAGCACGUAGAGGAUGCGUCCGUUUAAGAGGUGCUAUUAUCGGUAUAGAUGAUGAAGAUGACAGCACAUUUACAAUUACCACCUCAUCGUAUAAAGAUGAUCCUAAAACAUUUCAUUUUCAAACACGAAAUGCAGAGGAACGAGAACGUUGGAUUCGUGCAUUGGAAGAUACUAUAUUACGUCAUUCGCAUGCUAGAUGGGAUCCUAAAAAAUCACCACCUAAGCAAGAUUUUGAUCGCAAAGUAGCCGAAGCCGAUGCUUAUCUUCAAUUAUUAAUUGAACAAAUAAAAUUAAUUGAAACAAAACAGAGAACCACUGCUGAAGAAGAUGAAGAGAAGCAGCAAAAGUAUGCUGCGGUUUUAACACAAGCCAAUGCAAUGCUUAAUUGUGUUAAGCAUACAAUUGUUCAAUUGCAAAUUGCAAAGAAUACAGCGAUACCUGUAAAUGGUAUAUAUAGGGGACCCACUGACUCAAUACAUGUUUCGUCUUCCUUAUCUCAUGUUGCUGCUAGCGAAGAAGAGGCAUCGGUACAAACUGGAAUCGAAAUAGGUUCUGAGCAUGUAGAACCAAGAAUACCUGCAUUGUCAAAUGCUGUUGUAGAUAGAGAUCUUCCAGUACCGCAAUUUUCUUACUCGUCUUCGGACGAAGAUGAGGACUACUAUGAUGCAGCAGACGAGAUAUCGCCUCCUGCAAUACAAAAUCAUAUCACCGUUAGACGACGAGAUGGCGAAUGGUCGCAGGCACAUGUUGAUGCCAGUUCGAUCGAAAAUCGAAAGCAACCUCCAUUACCACCUACAAAAGGUGAUGGAUCAGUUGAUUACGAUGCUCUAUACGAGGAGGAGAGUGAAACAGAAAUGGAUUCUAUGGAAUCUCAUGGAUCUGUUGUAACUCAUCUUCUAUCUCAAGUGAAGAUUGGUAUGGAUUUGACAAAAGUAGCAUUACCUACAUUUAUUUUAGAGCGCAGGUCGCUUCUUGAAAUGUAUGCAGAUUACUUUACUCAUCCAGACCAGUUUGUAAGCAUAGCAGAUAUGACCACACCAAAAGAUAGAAUGGUUCAAGUAGUUCGUUGGUACUUAUGUAGUUUCCAUGCAGGUCGCAAAUCAGGGGUAGCUAAAAAACCAUAUAAUCCAAUAUUAGGUGAAAUUUUUAGAUGUCAUUGGGAUAUUCCCACUGAUAGUGUAGAUAGUUCAAUUGAUUCAAAAGUAGUUGUCGAAGGACCCGUACCUUGGUGUAAAGAAAAUCAACUUUCGUUUAUCGCAGAACAAGUAUCUCAUCACCCUCCAAUAAGUGCGUUUUAUGCUGAACAUUAUGCAAAAAAAAUUAGUUUUGGAGCACAUGUAUGGACAAAGAGUAAAUUUCUUGGAUUAAGUAUAGGAGUGCAUAAUGUAGGGAAAGGUUGGGUAAAUGUAUUACAACAUGGAGAAGAAUACGUUCUAACUUUUCCUAAUGGUUAUGGUAGAUCUAUUCUUACUGUACCAUGGAUAGAAUUAGGAGGAACUGCAGUUAUACAUUGUACACAAACUGGCUUCCAUGCUACAGUAGAGUUUUUAACAAAACCGUUUUACGGUGGUAAACGUAACCGAAUUACAUGUCAGAUUACUCAACCAGGAGAGAAGAAACCAUUUCUUACUAUAACCGGAGAGUGGAGCGGUGCUAUGGAAGCAAAAUGGGCUGAUGGAAGAAUUGAAACAUUUGCGGAUGUAAAAGAACUUCAAACUCAAAGAAAAUUAGUAAAACCAGUAUGUGAACAAGAAGAACAUGAAUCGCGAAAAGUUUGGCGGGAUGUAACCGUUGGAUUAAGGAUUAAUGAUAUGGAAAAAGCUACAGCAGCUAAAUGUACAAUUGAACAAAAACAACGAGACGAAGCGCGUCUUAGAAAAGAAAAUAGUAUUAAUUGGCAAACGAAGUUGUUUAAAGAAACUAAAGACGGUGGAUGGGUAUAUGUAAAACCUCUUGCAGACAGAUUACAUCCUUCUCUCGAUCAAGCGAGUGCAACGUAAAUAAAAUGUUAUUUUGCCGCAGUCUUAGACAUUGCACAGCACUAGAAAUUUAAGGCCUAAGUAAGGCAUGACUUAUAAUAUUAAUUUAUACAAUACAUUUUAAUGCUUUUCAAGACACCAUUUUAAGAAUAAUGACUCUACUAUUGGAACGAAGAAAACUAAAAAGAUCAAAUUUUUUCCUGUAAAAUGUUGCUUUUCAUAUAAACCUGAUCGAGUACAAUAGCAACUGUUAAAAUGGUAUACAAUGUUAAGAUUUCAUUCAAUGAUAUACAAGUAUUUUGAUAGCUGGCAAAUUAUUUUUUAUAACACAUAGCUACCAAUAGCCACGAUAUUAAAGAGAAAAGUCAUUAUAGUAUCGUGUCAUGUAUUAUAUGUAGACAUAGGUCUGCAAAGCUUAUAUAUAUUAUUAUUAAACUGUUAUAUAGAUAUGUCACUGAUAUUCUUGACAGUACGAUCUUUGCUAAUAAAAGAUGAAAUGUAAUUUAGUAUAAUAUACGGUGGAAUGAAUAAAAAAUAGUAAUAAGACGGAUAUAAAAGCAUAUCUUACUGGGUACAAAAAUUCAAUCGAAGAACAAAACACUUUCGUGAAUUAAUUAUUGCGUUUAAUUCCAUUCCUAUAGUAAACGUCCUUAGAAUGUCAUUAGCUAAAAACACAAUACUAUAGUAGAAUCCAAUUACUUUCUUACUGAAAAAUCACUUUGAUGCAAACAAUUUCCAAAACUAUACGUUUAUUUUUUAGUAGUUAUAAGUGUUAUUUAAAUUUGUUUUAAAAAACUUUUUGACAACCAUUUCUAGAAUAAGAAAAACACGUAUCUGAAAUAACUUUGUUAAUAAGUAAUUUGCGAAAAGAAUAGUUGCAUUCGUAAUUGUGAAAACAAUACAUAUUGCGUACAUUGUGUGCGCGUAUUCAUAUAAAGUUUACUUAACCGGUAUUGGAUUUAAACAAGCAUUUAGACAAUGUAAAUACAUAUAAAAAUAUUUCUUGUAGUUUUUUGUGUACUUUUUUUCAUAACUGUACAUACAUUAAUUUUCA